AUGAAAGUUCAAACCUCUUUGAAAAAAGCCACAGGCAAAACCUCAGCUGGUUCAUGUGGUAUUGAGCAGAUUAGAGGUCGAGAUCACACAGAACCUGAAUUUAUCAUCAAUGUUAUGGCUGAGGAUGACAGAAGUAAUGUUAAUCUACACUUAGACAUAGGAACAGUACCUGGAGGCUCAAAUGUCAUGUCCAGAAAACAACUUGGAGGAUUUUCUACUGCUUUGAGUGAUAUCCUGAGUCCAGCUGGAGUCCCUCUGUAUUUCACAGUCCAUGUGUCCAAUGAGGCAGGAGUGAGUGUUCCAGCCUCCUGUAAACUAGACACGUAUGACAUGACAAUACCAGGUGGAAGGAUGGCAGAGGCCUUUACCUCCACCAGUAAUCCUAAUGUUCUAAAGGCAGUAGUCACAGUGUAUGAAGACUCACCCGUCACAGAGACCAAAAUAGCUGUUGGGUAUGGCAAAAGCAUUUGGGGAGAACAAAUCAUCAGAUGGACAAAUGUCUCAUUAGCUGCCAAUUCUGUUGAUUAUGAUGUUGGUCAUGAUCCUUUGAAUCAGAAAGUGAUUAAAUUGUUUUCAUCCGGAAAGACUGGGAGACUUGUAGGAAGGGGCAUCAAAGCAGCAGAGUUCUCCAAGAUAACAACUAAAGAGGAAUGUGCAGAAAAGUGCAAUGGAAUGCAUGUAACAAAAUGCCUUAGUUUUAAUUAUGAUUAUGGACCUUCUGGACAUUGUGAACUUCUGGAGGCCAUUGAAGGACACGACCACAAAAUUUCACGCGAUGGCUAUUACGUGCACUUUGAGAAGCUUGGAGUGGGUUCCAACAGAGGAUUUGUGUAUGAAAAUGUACAGCUACCACACAACCAUAUCAUACACUUCAAUUUCCAUGCUGUGAACAGUCUAGGAUUUGAGAACAUACUGUCAUCCAAACCCAUUCUAACAGAUUAUACACCUCCAGAUCCAACAUCUUGGCAAAUAAAUAUCACAAGUGACAAAUCGGAAACCAUAAAGUGUGAGGAUGUGAUUCCUGAUGAUAGAGAUGACUGGGAAGAGAGAUUCUGUGAAGGAGUGAAUCCAAAGACAAAGAAUCACAGAAUCAUCACAGAUGGAGAGGGCUCAGAGACGGUCUAUAAUGGCCAUACUAACAAGAAUGACCUCAAGUAUACCAGGGCUAAUAGAUAUAUAUCUGCCAACUGGGAUGGUAUCUAUGACAAUGAGACAGGAAUUCUGGGAUACUCGGUGACAGCUGGGGAGUCAAUCUGUGAGGAGAAAAUAAAGCAGCAUCACGAUCCUCAUGCUCACCUGUUUGACCGGUCACAGUGGACUCAUACUGUGAUGAUGUCUCCAUUGGAGGAACCAUACACUGUUUUAGCAGAUGGACCCUAUUAUGUAACUGUAAGAGCUAUAAACAACAUCAAGUAUGGUGGAGCAUUGUGUACAAGUGUCUGUCACUCUGCACCUUACAUUGUGGAUAACAGUCCGCCCUUGGUUUAUGAAGUAUACAAUGUCCGCUACAAUGAGGAUAAGUUCAACCUCUCACUGACUCACAAUUCAUCUGAUCCAAACUCUGGUGUGAUUAGAAAUGACCUGUGUCUGGGUAGGACCACAAGAGACUGUGAUGAGCUGAUGUGGCUCCCCAUGGAAUACAAUCAAAAUCUGACCUACCUCUAUAAGGUUACAGAGGGGGUCCCCAUUUGGAUUAAAAUCAAAGUUGUGAAUAAUGUGGACCUAAGAACAAUAGGUAUAUGUGAUUCCCCUCUCAUAGUGGACAGAUCUCCCCCCGUAGCUGGUGUGGUCAAUGAUGGAGAAAUACCUAGAAUAGAUCUUAGUUACAUCAAAUACAAGGAGAAGAUUUGCAGCAAUUGGAAGGAUUUCUAUGAUCCUCAAUCAGGAAUUGCUAUGUACAUGGUGGGUGUAGGUUCUUCUCCUAAUGAAACAGAUGUUGCCAACUUCACCCAGUACUCCAGUAAAUCUCAUGUUGCUUGUGUAGAGUUGAGUCCAGAGAAAUAUCUACAGCACAACCAGAAAUACUUCACUACUGUGUUUGCCUACAAUGGAGGUCACAUACAACAGAAUGUGUCAGCCAUCUCAAAUGGAGUUUUAGUUGACCUUACAAAACCAGUUCCUGGACAGGUUGUAGAUGGGAACUUGCCAAAUUUUACAGAUCUGAUAUACACAACAAGCCAAGCUAAAGUUGAUCUACAGUGGAAAAACUUCUAUGAUCCAGAGUCUGGCAUAAGUCAUUAUGAUGUCAAAGUCUUCAGAGCUAA